AUGUCUGAUAUUGAUAAUAACAAGAUUGGCAAUAAACAACAAGAUGACAUUAAUACUACACAUAAUGAAACUAGUAACAACGAACAUGAUGACAAUUUCAAGGACCAGGGUUACACCUGGCUUUCAUCUGGAGAAAUGCUUAAUCUCCCUACAAAAAUCUUUAAAGACAAUACACUUCCCCUUGAUGAAAGACAAACUAUAUUGCAAUCUCAUCUCUCCACCCAUAAUGGACAAAAACUUAUAGAAAAUCAGGCUGCUAAACAAGAGGAGAUAUUCGGUUCAACAAAUCUUAAAGAAAUUCUGGAAAAAGAAAAUGCUAAAAACAAACUAGAAAUAAUACUUCCUGAUUCAGAUGUUGUAAGCAAGGCUUCCCACGCCUUUUUUUUGGAGAAAACAACAGGUUCACAAAUGAAAACCUGGGAGAAUAUGUUUGGAGAAUUAUGGGUUACUAAUACAUAA